AUGGGAAAUAUUUUUGAUAGAAAUCGAAAUUCACCAGAGCCGACUCUCGAACAUCAGAGUUCAGAUAUUCAAACAGAUUAUAAAAGUGUGGUCAAUCCCAACUCUAUUGACAAGCGUCAAUUGAUGAGAGCGAUUAGUUCAUUAAAGAAUGAAAUUCCAAAAGGAAAUGCAGCUUUCGUAGAGGAAGUUCUUAAAGAUUUAGUGGUGGUUUCUUUUCAAAAAGACGCUCUUACUACGCGGUUGCUGGCGUUAUCUUGGACGUCGGGAUUGAUGUGCGCGGCUGCACACGGGCAAAAGAACAUCAUGGAGUUGUACUUGAAAUACGGGGAAGAAUUGAAUUUAACGCAGAAUGGAGAACAACUGGACCUUUCUAAGAAAUCAGAAAAAUACUUAACUAUUGGUUCUCUUCCCUGUGGCCGUUCUAGCUUUGAAAAUCUUGCGUCAACAUGUAGUACUUGCACGAUGCGUCUUAACCUUAGAAACAGGACAGAAGGAAAUCAUAUACAAGGCGUAACUCCGUUGCAUAUCACGGUAGACGCUGACAACAUGGUGUGUUCGAAACUUUUGAUUGAGUACGGGGCUGACGUAAAUGCACCAGACGACAAGGGGAUGUUACCAAUAUUCCAAGCCGCCAGAAAGGAGAACGGACGGAUGUUCAGGUUUCUGCUGAACGCUGGUAGUGAUCUGAAUGCCAAAUCAAACGAUAAAAGAACUAUACUCCACCAUGCAGUCAACACACACAUUCAUAGAUCAGACUUUGCAACAAAGCAAUAUAUUUUAAAGAUGGUGUUUAAAUCUCGUCGAGGAAGACGUUUAAACAUCAACGGCGCCGAUUUGUCAGGCGAUACACCACUCCAUAUUGCUGCGCGAAACUCGAACCCAUCAGCAGUCCGUUUCCUGAUUGGUAAAGGCGCUCGCGCAGACAUACCGAACAAACAGAAUCAAACACCUUUUCAAUUGUUUAUAGCCUACAUGGGUUAUCUCUGUUAUAACAGGAUACUUAUAAUUUGUGAACUUUUGAAAACUAUGAAUCGAGUUAAUUUGGUUUUUAACCAUCAUGAUUGGAUACCAAGAAUUCUUCGACCGACCAAUCAGAGGAGGACUGAACGGGUAUUAUUCUCUGUAUUAAAUCAAUUUAUCAACCAACCAUUUUCUCUGCAAUUACUAUGCAAACGUGUCAUAAAGCAAAAUAAAAAGGUCGCAAAUUGGAUUGUAGCUUGUAACAUGUCAAUCUCGUGGCUAGGAAUCACAUUCGGAGAUUAUGAUGACGACAGUCCAGAGGGCGCUAUCAAACAGUCAUUUCCGGACAAUCCACACUGGAGUUAA